CUUCAGACUGAUUCUGAAAGAGGACUCGUUCUUUCUAUUAGUGUUGAUUAGUCUGUGAACGUCACUUCACAUCAAAAAUGUCGAAAAGUGUGUCAAAGCAAUUUCAUUUCACAAUUUACGAAUAUUGAAGAGUUACUUCGCUCGCGAAAUAAAACGUUCGCGUUCAAGAAUCGAGUGCUUUUAUAAAUUUCCAUCAAACACUUUGGAAGUAAAUUAAAUACCUGGUAUCAGCUGUGCGGCAGCUUAAUCAGCUAUAAUGAAGGUGUGGGGUGCUCAUGGCGAAUUUUGCGCCAGGCAUCAAUGGGAGGUAAUCGUAGCCACUUUGGCUCUAUUGGCCUGUGCUGCUAGUGUGGAACGUCAUGGCACAGGAACUCGAGCCGAACGAUGCGCAGGCUGGGCUAGAGCUUGCCCUGGACUUGAAGCGGAGUACCAAGCAGCUGAUGCUGUCAUUAUGACCUUCGUACGUUGUGCGGCUCUGCUCUACGCCUAUUACCAAGUUUCAAAUCUCCAGAAAAUUGCUUCAAAAUACCUUCUCAUCAUAGCUGGUGUUUUCUCAACAUUUGCAAGUUUUAUUUUCACAUCAGCCCUUGCUAGUUUGUUCUGGAGUGAACUAGCCAGUAUGAAAGAUGCCCCGUUUUUAUUUUUACUUGUCGCUGAUGUUGCCAGAGGAGCGAGAAUGGCGAAAGCCGGUUGGAGUGCCGGUGAAGAUCAAGGCAAGAGGGUAGGGAAAGCUCUUUCACUACUCGGACCGACAGCGACGUUAGAUACACUUCUAGCGGUCCUCCUCGUCGGUGUUGGUGGUUUAUCUGGCGUCCCUAGAUUGGAACAUAUGUGUACAUUCGCCUGCUUGGCGUUAUUAGUGGACUAUUUGGUGUUUGUUACGUUUUAUCCAGCUUGUUUAUCACUGGUAGCAGAUUUCGCUUCUGGGAGAAAAGAAAUGGGAACAGACGGUCCGUUUUCUGAAACUGAUUUAAAACCGAACCCAGUUGUGCAAAGAGUAAAAAUGAUUAUGGCUGCUGGGCUACUUUGUGUCCACUUGACUAGCAGGUGGCCCUGGACUAGAGAGAACGGAAUGAUAGAAGGAUCUUUGACUAACGAUUUUAAGUCUGGAUCUCACGAGAAUGUUCUAUUCCACUCCUAUGUCAAAUGGUUUUCAAUGAGCGCCGACUACAUAGUUAUAGCGACCUUGCUGUGCGCCUUAAUUAUCAAAUUCAUCUUUUUUGAGGAACAAAAGAAUUGGAUUAUUGAUAUGAAUGAUUUAACGGUUAAAGAAGUUGUAAAACGCAACACUAAACCAAAGUUUUCGGUUGGUGAAGAUGUCAAAUCUGACAUGCAAACACAAACAGAUGCCUUGCUCAAUUGUGAAGAAUCGGAAUGGCCCCUACUUUCGCCUAGCUCUUCAGCCGCCAGGCUUAAUUCUAAGAAGCGCCCAAUGGCUGAAUGCUUAGAAAUAUAUCGGUCAGAAGGAGUCUGUACUUCUCUUAGCGACGAAGAAGUUGUAAUGCUCGUUGAACAGUCUCAUAUACCUUUACAUAGACUUGAAAAUGUGUUAAACGAUCCUCUACGAGGCGUCAGAUUACGAAGGAGAGUUAUAUCCUCGAGAUUCCAAACAGAAGCUGGCAUAAAACAACUACCGUACCUAAAUUAUGAUUACAGUAAAGUUUUGAAUGCUUGCUGCGAAAACGUUAUAGGAUACGUCGGUAUCCCGGUUGGAUAUGCUGGUCCGUUAGUUGUCGAUGGUAAAGCGUAUAUGAUCCCAAUGGCUACAACUGAGGGCGCUUUAGUUGCGUCCACCAACAGAGGUGCAAAAGCCAUUGGUACAAGAGGAGUUACUAGUGUUGUUGAAGAUGUCGGUAUGACGAGAGCGCCUGCUGUGAAAUUGCCCAAUGUCGUACGUGCACAUGAAUGCCGUCAAUGGUUGGAUAAUAAAGAUAACUACGCGAUAAUAAAAGAAGCAUUUGAUUCGACUUCAAGAUUUGCUCGUCUUCAAGAAGUUCACGUAGGUGUUGAUGGAGCAACCCUGUAUUUAAGAUUCAGAGCCACUACUGGUGAUGCUAUGGGUAUGAAUAUGGUAUCCAAGGGUGCGGAAAAUGCACUGAAGUUACUUAAAAACUUCUUCCCUGAUAUGGAAGUGAUCAGUCUUUCUGGUAACUAUUGUUCUGAUAAGAAAGCAGCCUCCAUUAACUGGGUUAAAGGUAGAGGCAAAAGAGUCGUAUGUGAAACUACAAUCUCAGCGGAAAACCUAAAAAAUAUAUUUAAAACUGAUGCUAAAACAAUGACUCGAUGCAACAAAAUAAAAAAUCUCUCUGGAUCGGCGUUAGCGGGCUCCAUUGGUGGGAAUAAUGCCCACGCAGCGAAUAUGGUGACGGCUAUCUUUAUAGCAACGGGACAAGAUCCGGCUCAAAACGUAACUAGCAGCAACUGUUCGACCAAUAUGGAAGUAUGUGGUGAAAAUAGAGAUGAUCUCUACAUAACAUGUACUAUGCCGUCGCUGGAAGUGGGUACGGUUGGUGGUGGUACGGUUUUGACGGGACAAGGAGCGUGCUUACAAAUCCUCGGCGUGAAAGGAGCUGGUGUACGUCCUGCUGAGAAUUCGGCCAGAUUAGCUUCUCUCAUCUGCGCUACCGUUUUGGCUGGAGAAUUGAGCUUGAUGGCUGCCCUAGUCAAUUCGGACUUAGUUAAAUCACAUAUGCGUCACAACAGAUCAACAGCGAAUGUUGCAAACGUGGCUAAUGAUAUGACUUUAAAGGUGCCGAAGUUAUAACAGUGGUUACGUACACCAAGAUAUUGAAGAUAGAGGAGAAUAGCUUUCAUCAAGAAUGAGGUAAAUGAUUUAGUAAUUACUUACGGAAAAUUACCAAAAACCGUACACUGCCUUCUUUACAACGAUUACUUGGAUUAUCGAACUAAUAGUUCAUAAAGUGUGUUAAUUUAUUAAAAUAUGUGUCGUAUUACAAUGAAUAUCAUAAAAUAAUACAACAUCCAGUGUGCACGAGGCUAAAAUAAAAUAUCGGACUCAGAACUCUUCCCUGUGGAAACCCCGGUGAUAUAAACAUAAACUCUGUAAAUAAUACUUCUUCCUAUUUAUAAAUUC